AUGUCCGUCCAAAGAACCAAACCGUUUUCAAUAGCACUGAAUGAAGCUCACAUCAAAUGGGUCAAGGAAACGGCAACUCAAUUCGACGACUGGCAACCAAAUAGAAGAAAGUAUCAGAAAAACGUUUUAUUAGAGUUUGAGAAGAAUUUCCAGUUGUCUGGACAGCAGGAGGCAAGGCAAUUAUACAGUUUGGCAAUACAGCAUGUGUUGAGCGAUCCGAUUAUCGCAAAGGAUGAGAGCACGAUGGCCAAAUUAACAAACAGGAAGCUGGCAUUACAAAAAGUAAGGACUUUGUUGAAGAAGCAGCCAAGCAAUUUAUUGGUAGAGAAACUGUCUACCUUGGGUCGGAUAUUUUCAUGUCCAACUCUUACUCAACCAACGCUUCACUUCUUGCUUUAUAUCGUCGACAGUCAGAAACAAGAACAAAUGAAUGGAGGCAAUACUGGAAACAGCCUAAAGCACAUGAAGACCUCCAGAAUAUACAAGUCUAUUAUGUUGGGAUCUUGUGUUCGUCCACACUUAUACAAGCGCUUCUCCGGAUCGACAGGACACUUGGCAAUAAGAGCUUUUCUCGGACGGUAUCACUCGUGGCAUGAAAGUGCUGCAAGUACACUUUCUAAUGUUGACACGAAUACAGAGGAGUUUAAAGAAAAUGCCAGUAGAAUGGAUGAACUUGUCGACGAUUUAGAGAAACUCGUUUCCAGAAUAAAAUUGGGCGGCGGAGAGGAGGCUAGGAAACGACAUUUAAGCCGCAAUAAACUUCUUCCGCGUGAUCGCAUCAACAGACUUCUGGACAAUGGUUCACCGUUUCUGGAAUUAUCACAAUUAGCCGGAUAUAAAGUAUACGACGAGGAAGUUCCUGCUGGGGGAAUUAUUACCGGUAUUGGGCGUGUCGAAGGAGUGGAAUGUAUGAUCAUUGCGAAUGAUCCUACGGUCAAGGGAGGAACGUAUUACCCAAUAACAGUAAAGAAGCAUCUACGUGCACAGGAAAUUGGACGCGAGAACAGACUGCCUUGUAUAUAUUUAGUUGACUCUGGCGGAGCUAAUUUACCUCGCCAAGCAGAAGUCUUUCCUGAUCGUGAUCAUUUCGGACGUAUAUUUUUCAACCAGGCUUCAAUGUCGUCAGAAAAUAUUCCCCAAAUUGCUGUUGUUAUGGGUUCAUGCACCGCGGGUGGUGCUUACGUCCCAGCUAUGGCAGACCAGAGUAUAAUUGUUAAAAAUCAGGGAACAAUAUUCUUAGCUGGUCCGCCCCUAGUCAAAGCAGCAACGGGAGAAGUUGUUUCGGCCGAAGAGUUGGGCGGGGCAGAUUUACACUGUCGAACCUCCGGGGUCACCGAUUACUACGCUUCCAACGACGAACAUGCGCUAGUACUUGCACGACGAGCCGUUGCAUUCUUAAAUUGGACGAAACGCCCAGAGAUCGAUGUAAAGAAACCAGAAGAGCCUUUGUAUCCAUCCUCAGAAUUGGGAGGGAUAGUUGGAGAUAAUCUCCGAAAAUCUUUUGAUGUGAAGAAUGUGAUCGCACGAAUAGUCGAUGGAAGUCAGUUUGACGAAUUUAAGGCGCUGUAUGGAACGACAUUAGUUACUGGGUUUGCACGCAUAUACGGUUACCCAGUAGGCAUAAUAGCAAAUAACGGCAUUCUUUUCUCCGAAUCAGCCCUAAAAGGCGCACACUUCAUCCAACUCUGUUCCCAACGCAACAUUCCUUUAAUAUUCCUUCAGAAUAUCACUGGUUUCAUGGUCGGAUCAUCGGCAGAGGCAGGAGGUAUAGCAAAGAACGGUGCCAAAAUGGUAACUGCUGUGUCUUGCGCCAAAGUGCCAAAGUUUACCGUGAUUAUAGGUGGCAGUUUUGGCGCGGGAAACUAUGGCAUGUGUGGGAGAGCGUACGGACCAAGGUUUUUAUGGAUGUGGCCGAACGCAAGAAUCUCUGUCAUGGGUGGCGAACAAGCAGCUAGUGUAUUAGCACAAGUUGUGAAAUCCAAGGAUGAGAAGUGGACACCUGAAAAAGAAGAAUCUGUAAAGGCACCAAUUAGAGCUCGGUACGAGCAUGAAGGACAUCCUUACUUUUCAUCGGCUCGUCUCUGGGACGAUGGGGUUAUCAACCCUGCCGAUACGCGAAAAGUGUUGGGAUUGUCACUGAGUGCUGCAUUGAAUGGGCCAAUUGAAAAGUCAAGGUUUGGCGUGUUUAGAAUGUAG